GAACGCGAUUUGCGUCUGGUUUAAAAUAAUGCACCGAAUUCCUGCUGCUGAAUGAAACACGAGGCCCGGGAUGCAAACUGAGAGGAACACUCGACAAUCUGGAACAAAGACAGGAAAAACUGGUCUGCUCUCCAAGGUCUCGGGGUCACGUUUCCUCUUGUCUGGUUUUGAAGUGAAACCAAGCCAAGUGGAUCAAGGACCAAAAUAUCAGCCAGUACAACGUUAACUAAAGUGUGUGACAGCCCCGCCGUCUGUUACUGCACUAAAAUAGCUUUCCUCGCAGAUUUCUUGGUCACAGUUCCCACUUUUCAUGAAGCCACCGCCCAUUCGUGCUUCACGGGAACGCGAAACAAAUGCCCCCCUUCACGCCGUAAACAUAGCGACUGUAAGUGGCAGAUAGUGAAUCAGAGAUCAGACUAGAGGAACAUGACACACAAUAUAAACACACUGGAGGGUUUCAGGAGACAGAAUCAGAGCCUGCGUCAGCGAAUACACGGUUUAGAAUGAUCACAAACGCAUCAAACGAGACGGUAUAAUUAUCCGAAGGCAGCGCGUGGCCUCCAUGGUGCGCUUCUGUGUUUAUGAUGAGAAAACGGCAGGAUCACAUUAAGUCUAAACAUUUACUUUAAAGUGCGAUUUAAGAUUAUCAGCCAUUAAUCUGAACACAGUCGUUUAAAAGUUUGCUUGGAAGGAAUGAUUAAAGGGUAAAAGGAAGGAGGGAGGAAUUUUCAGAGCCUACAGACGUUUUAUCUAUAAUCUUUUUUGUUUUUUGUGUUUUUGGGGGGAUUCAAAUGAGGAGCUACGACCUUGUGAAAUCAACGGGACAGAUGCUGCACUGGAUUAAACCACACCGUACAGGUGAACCCAACCACCUGGCCGAUUACUGUAAAAUAGAAUUUAAUAGACUGCCUCCAGUCCUCUGUGUGACGUCAUCCACCAGUUCGGUUCGCUCCCGGUGAUGUAAUGCUGCCCUCUCCUGUACAGUCACAGCGUUUGUAACGAACCCCGCGACUCAAGUCAUUGUUCAAACAGGUAGUUUUCUGGGUGCUGGGUGGUUCGAAACAGCCGCUGAUGCAAAUGAAUCCCGCAGCGUCUUCAUCAGCGGACGCGUCACGCACCAUCUGAUCCGCAGGAAGACCAAACAUCACAAUAGACGCGACUUGUCCGGGGCGGGGCUCAAACUUUGGGGACUCGCUCCUUCCAGCAGAAGUCCUCGGCAGCGCAGCGGCGCCGGUUCCACGGGAUCACGAUGGGCCUGAUCAAGUUCGUGUGCGCCGUAUUCACCCGCGCGCUGUUCGUGCUGGUGUCGCUGGCCGGCGUCUUGAGGGUGACGUGGGUGAAGAAGGACCCACGCUACUGGUCCCUGGCCGUGCUCUGUGUGCCGCUCGUCGUGGAGAUGAUAAUAACGCUGAAGAGGCGAAUGGGACAGGACUACAAAUGGUUUUCUCCUCCAAUUUUCCUCUUCCUCAUCAGCAUCAUUCCGUCCAUCUGGUUCCUGGAGCUCCAUUACCAGGAGAACCGGACCCUCGACCCCCAGUGCAAGAAGCUGGACUCGUGGGAGAGCGUGCAUAGACUGAUCAGUGUGAACGCGACGGGGGCGAACCAAACAUACCAGAACUACCUGAAACAACACAUCGACGGGGUGCUGUCUGCCGUGUGCUCCAACGACUGGAUCCUGGCCCUCCACCAGAUCCUGCUCAUCCUCCUCAUCCUGGGGAAAUGGCUGCUGCCCCUGGGGGGCGGGGUCACGCGCGACGAGCUCUCGCAGCUCCUGCUGAUCUUCGUGGGCACGGCGGCCGACAUCCUGGAGUUCACCAGCGAGACGCUGUCGGACGUCAAGUGGAGAAAACAGCCCUCAGCUGGUCUACAUCAUCCUGGCUGUGUGGACGUGGAGCAUGUUGCAGUUUCCUCUACAUCUGUCCGUCGUGAACACAAAGUCGGAGCGCGAGGACGACGCCCCGGAGACGAGCCUCCUGGUCAAACACAGCACGGACAUCUGGAACGUCAUGGAGGCCCUGUUCAUCCAGGACGGGCCCUUCCUGGUGGUCCGGCUCACCGUCAUGACCUACUACAACGUCUUCCACCAGAUGCUGGGCUUCUUCGCCAUCAAGAACUUCCUGGUGGUGGUCCUGAACCUGUACAGGCUGGCGGUGAUAUGCCAGGACUUCAGACCCCCCGGCGGCGGCAGGAGGCCGAGCGCCGCGCCGUGAUGCGGGUGAGCGAGUCCAGGGGGAGGAGGCUCGGAUGCCGGAGGGCAGCGUUAGAGGGCAGGAGGAGCACGGAGGAGAAACGCAUGCACCGUUUGCAGAAUUCAUUAGUGGUGAAUGACCGAUGCUGUUUGGAGCAGAAAGCUGUGACCCACCACAUUUUUGUACUUGAGAUUUUCUUUUGCAGCUGACCUCAGCCGGCUCUGAUACACUACCAUAUUGAAUACUUGCAUGUGAGCCAGGACAUGAGGAGCAGAAUAUAGUUUACUGUUACCGAUACUGUUAUUAUUUGAUAUAAAGGAGGAACAAUCAUUCCAGUGACACACACUCACUUCAGAAGACUGAAAAACAUUCACAUUUGUUCUGUCAGAGGAAUCAAUGUGAACUUUUGUUUGAUGUUUAAAAGUGAAGCAACUGGAGACAAAGAGCACAUCUGAAUGACCUUGUGUAACUCUCUCUGUCAGUGAAGUUUAGUGUGGGAUUUUCACACAGCGACACAGUGUUAAAGUGUUUAAUGCAGAACUUGUGGCAAAUACAACAGUUUGUUACAAAUGUUUUAAUGUAUUUUUCUACAAUUUUGCAUAUCUUAUUUUUUUUAUUUUGAAUAAAAUUGAAUUAUUACUGUA